CGUCUCCAUUUUGAAGAUUCACCAAGUUGGCGAGAUUAGGUCGAAUUUUGAGGCAAAAUGCAGUAUUUACGGCGAGAUAAGAAGGACGAGGAAGAUGGUUCGCAGUCGAACCCGUUUCAAAAUCUUGACAAGAGUGCCGUUCUCCAAGAGGCUCGCACAUUUAACGAAACCCCGAUAAAUCCGCGAAAAUGUAUUCACAUUCUGACGAAGAUUCUGUAUGUACUGAACCAGGGGCAACAUCUUGGUACAACAGAAGCUACAGAGGCAUUCUUUGCAAUGACAAAGCUGUUUCAAUCAAAAGAUGUAAUGCUUCGAAGAAUGGUGUACUUGGCUAUAAAAGAAUUAGCAAAUAUAGCCGAGGACGUGAUCAUUGUGACCAGCAGUCUGACGAAGGACAUGACAGGAAAGGAAGACAUGUAUCGUGCUAGUGCUAUCAGAGCCCUUUGUAAAAUCACAGAUAGCACCAUGCUGCAGGGAAUUGAACGAUAUUUGAAGCAAGCAAUUGUAGAUAAAAAUGCUAGUGUGUCUAGUGCAUCUUUGGUUUCUGCAUUGCACCUUAUGAAGCCAAACUAUGAUGUGGUGAAGCGCUGGGUAAAUGAAGCGCAAGAGGCAGUGUCAAGUGAUAAUACCAUGGUGCAGUACCACGCCUUGGGUCUUUUGUACCAUGUGAAGAAGACUGAUAGACUGGCUGUCUCUAAACUUAUCUUCAAGUACAUCAAACAGUCAUUGAGAUCUCCUUAUGCAGUCUGUAUGCUGAUUCGCAUUGCUUCCAAGUAUCUUGAUGAAGAACCAGAAGUUGUUGAUACACCUGUCUAUGAUUUUCUUGAGAGUUGCCUGAGGCACAAGAGUGAGAUGGUGAUCUAUGAAGCUGCUCGUGCUCUUGUAAACCUGAAAAAUCUGAAAUCCAGAGAUCUAUGUCCAGCAAUUUCAGUUCUACAGCUGUUCCUGAGCUCACCACGCCCAACCCUGAGGUUUGCGGCAGUGCGCACUUUGAAUAAGGUGGCCAUGACCCAACCUAUGUCCGUCACAACCUGCAACUUGGAUCUUGAAAACCUUAUUACUGAUGUUAAUCGCAGCAUUGCUACGCUGGCUAUCACCACCCUGCUGAAGACUGGAAAUGAGGGAAGCGUUGAUCGCUUAAUGAAGCAGAUCUCCUCUUUUAUGUCAGAGAUCUCAGAUGAAUUCAAGAUUGUUGUUGUUGAUGCUAUCAGGUCCCUGUGCCUCAAGUUCCCCAGAAAGCAUCACGUGAUGAUGAACUUCCUUUCAUCCAUGCUCAGAGAUGAGGGAGGGUUUGACUACAAGAAAGCCAUUGUGGACACAAUCAUCACCAUCAUCGAAGAGAAUUCUGAUGCUAAGGAAGCUGGACUUGGUCAUCUGUGUGAGUUCAUUGAAGACUGCGAACACACGGUCCUUGCCACAAGAAUCCUGCAUCUCUUGGGGCGUGAAGGACCGCGCAGCCAGAAUCCUUCAAAAUACAUCCGCUUCAUUUAUAACCGAGUCAUCUUAGAGAAUGCUGCCGUAAGAGCUGCGGCUGUGACAUCUCUUGCCAAAUUUGGAGCUCACUGUGACAGCUUGUGUUCAAGCAUGUUGGUCCUUCUGUCUAGAUGUCUUUUGGAUACCGACGAUGAAGUGAGAGACAGGGCGACAUUUUAUGUAAAUGUUUUGAAGGAGAAAGAGAAGGCCUUGUCAUCAGGCUACAUCUUGAACGGCCUCCAAGUGUCCAUUGUUGGAUUGGAGAGAGCCCUGCAUGCUUAUGUCAAAGACUCCUCACAGACUGCGCCAUUUGAUCUCAAGACUGUUCCCUUGGCAACCACGCCCAUGCAAGAUCAGGUCGUAAAACCUGGAAAAGCUGCAAUCGAGACGCCUUCUGCUCCAACCAAAGCUGCGGCACCCGUGGCAGUCACCAGACAGGACGUGUAUGCUGAACAACUGGCUGCUAUCCCUCAGUUUUCCAGGCUUGGUCCAUUGUUCAGGUCCUCGCCGAAACCUGUAGAACUGACUGAAUCUGAGACAGAAUACGUUGUAAACUGUGUCAAACACGUCUUCAAGGAUCACAUCGUCUUUCAGUUUGACUGCACAAAUACACUGAAUGACCAGAUCCUGGAGAAUGUCCAGGUGGAAAUGGAGCCGAGUGAUGGCGAGUUUGAAGUGGUGACCUACGUACCACGUCCGUCGCUUCCUUACAACUCACCUGGGACAACCUACACACUGGUUAAACUCCCUGAAGAUGCUUCAUCAGUAACUUGCACAUUUACAAACACACUGAAAUUUGUGGUUAAAGACUGCGAUCCAAGCACGGGUGAACCAGAUGAAGAAGGCUACGAAGACGAAUAUGUGCUUGAAGACAUUGAUGUGCUCGUGGCAGAUCACGUACAGCGCGUGCACAAGACAAACUUCCUGGCCUCCUGGGAUGAGAUUGGUGACGAGUGUGAAAUGCAAGACACUUAUGCUCUGACUCAGAUGACCAGUUUGGAAGAAGCUGUCAAACAGAUUAUCGACUACCUCGGCAUGCAGCCAUGUGAACGUUCCGAUAAGGUCAAUUCGGAAAAGAAUUCUCACGCCCUGCUAUUAGCGGGGGUGUUCCGAGGCGGUCACGACGUCUUGGUCCGAGCCCGACUGGCUUUCGACCAUGGAGUGACUAUGAACAUAACUGUUCGUAGUGACGAUCCUGUAGUUAGCGAGGUGGUGUUGUCAGCCGUGGGAUAAAAUAUUUUCUGGUCGUUUGGUUCAGGCUGAUUUGACAGUGAAUUCAGACAUAAUGUGUACUAAGCGUUGUAAUUAACAGUCUUAGAACCAGCUAAAGGUUUUCGUAGUAAGAAGUCAAAGAUUUUUUGAAGAUUUCCGAAAAAUUAACGGAUUGUUUUCUUUUAUGAUGCAGGGAGAGAUAUCGGGUGUCAAGGAUUUUUUUCCGGUCUGAAUUUUUUUUUUUUUUUUUCGGUCUGAAUUUUUUUUUUUUUUUUUUGAUGCUACAAAUUGCAGUAGGGGGUGGUCUGAAAGCUCUGAACACCUCGGUAAAUCCUUUAAUUCCCACAAGUGACCAAGACAGAAUUUCUCCUUACAGCAUCAGUACAAUAUCAAGCAGGCAAGUGACGAGAAUAUGGAAAA